AUGGCGCGUUCCCAGAUGCCUUGCCCUCUCGUCCUCCUUUGCUCCCUCCUGAUGCUGCCCUCGGUGCUGCUACAGGAGGUGGGAAUGCCUGGGGGACUUUUCCCCGCAUCUGUCACAGAUGAGGGGGUGCAGAACGCUGCCGCCUUUGCCGUGGAGCAGUACAACGAGCGCAGCAACAACCCCAACUAUUUCAAGGAGCUGCAUAUUGUGAAGGCACAGACCCAGGUGGUUUCAGGCAUGAAAUACUAUCUUACGGUGGACAUAGGGAAAACAGUGUGUGAAAAGAGCAACGGGCCAAUGGCAUACAGCGAAAUUCAGAAGUGUGAGCUCCUUCCACAAGAG